CGAAGUAUCUUUAGGGAUUCUUUUCAUUGUUUUUUAUGAUGGAAAUCAAGAAGGGUAAAAGCACGAGAAUAUCCUAAGACAUGUUUUUAUUCUUGAGAAGAGAAAGGGAAGGUUCCCUUUCCUCUUGAAGGGUGAUUACAAAUGCAUGGUAGAAGGAACUCAAGUAAGGAAGCUUUCGGAUCUGCUCUGUCCUUCCUCCCUUGUCCACCGGCUGCUCUUGCUUGUGGGGGUGAAUUGCUCGGUUUUUUGAUCCGUGAGUUUCUCCCCUGCACUUGCCGCCGGCUUCUCCCCCUGCCAAGUCCGGUUCCGCAACUGGAAAAUUUAUGCAUUGUGAUUAGAAAUGAUCCUAAUGAUGAUUUCAGCUUGAAUUUGUGAUAGUCCGGUAUUAAUUCUGAGGUGUUUUGAUUAGGUUCCCGAUCGUUCUGUCAGUUAGUACGUGAAUUGAGUGCUCGGUUUUAUGCAAGUGAGGUAAGUAAAUUUAUGGUAAUGCUCGUACUGUUUUAAAAGCAUGUUUUGAUUUGUUUUUGAAGUGGUGGCGGGACUAAACCCGUUUUACACGAGCAUGACUGAUUUGAAGUGAAAUGUUUUAUGCUUUUCAUUAAAUUGAGCAUGCCUACUUGAAAUUUAAGUGACUGUCUUGAUGAUCUGAAAGUGAUUGUGAAUCGUGAUUUUCCUGUUAACUUCUGCCUGUUUUGUCUCCGAUAUGGUCAUGUUAUUCGUGUGCCCGCUAGUGGGAGGUUUAUAAACGCUAGCACAUGUCGACAUGUUACUGAUAGAACCGGUUCGUUUCUGUUAUCCUGCUAGUGGGAGUUAAACACUAGCAAUUUUUGUUGCCCGCCAGUGGGAGGUUUAUAAACGCUAGCCGUGACCUAUGGAGGAGACGUCUAUUUCGUGCCCGUACUGUAUCUGUUUUUGUGAUUGUACUUGUUGGCAUGCUUUAAGUUUGAUAAGGGGCACUCCAUAUUUACUUACUGAGUUUAUCUCAUAAUUUUUCCUUGUCCACCAUUUUAAGAAGUGAAACCGAGGACGGGGAAACCACAGGAAGUGACGAGUUAGAAAGCUAGCCAUUUCGAGAUUGAUAUAGAUUCUAGAAAUCAUGAUCUUGUAAGCUAGUGUACUUGGAGAUUUUAUGAGAUCAGAGUAAAUUUUAAAGAUUUGAUCUUCAGAUUUUGGUGGUAUCAGAGUACAGUAUGAUAAGUUCCGAGCUUUGUGCACUUGUGGGACCCGUCUCACGAGUGCACGGCGUCUGUCGCGUCUCGAAAUUGGGUUU